UUCAGGGGUGCGCUCAGAAAUUUUGCUGCCAUGAACGGCUCGCCCCAGCAGCAGCAGCAGCAACAGCAGCAGCAGCAACAACAACAACAACAACAGGAAUCGGAAGAACCGACAACGACGCAGCUAAGCGCAACGGUCCAAGUAGCAAGGAAUAGCGCUGGCCUCGAGCUCAGCGACGACGAGGAAUGGAGUAGCCUCGUUGAGCGUGCUGUUCUUGAGAGAUCGAAAUCGGAUCGAUUGACACGAGGGGACGAAGAUCGACGACGGCGUACCAUAAUUGUCGAAAAGAAAAAUGGUACAUAUGGCUUCACGUUACAGAGCUAUGGAAUACACUACAAGCGAGAACAGGAAAUCGAGAUGGUUACUUACGUGGACUACGUGGAGUACGAUGGACCUGCAUUUAAGGCUGGGAUGCGCGAAGGUGACGUAAUUGUCUCGAUAAAUGGUCAAGAAAUGGACAGAGCUGACCAUAAGACUCUUGUUAAUUUCAUCAAGAAUUGCGAUGCCAGGAUGCGCAUGGUGGUCUCCUUCGAGGAUUGUGUUAGAAAGGUCGAGCUGCACAUGCGCUAUAUCGAGCUGCAGCGAGGCCUGCAGACGCGACUUAACGAGCUGGAGCGGCUCUGCGAGCGCGAGCGUUCGAUUUUGAUGGGCCGUUGGAAGACGCACUCGUUGCCGGCACGGAAACGUACUCCAAGUAGCCAGACACCUGGUGCUGAUUCUGGGCUCGAGCCCUCAUCCAUAUCGAGUCUCGGCUCCGGGAGCGCACGCUCUUGCUGCCGUCCGACCUCAUCUACCGAGCACCUCCUCCUCUAUAGUGUGUACGCCGACGGUCGCUCAUUUUUGAUUCCACGCAGUGCCGCAUGUUUCGUAGCAAUUGGACCACCCCGUUCUCGCAGCGAUCACCAUCACUUCCUCUCGAACAUUUCCGUUGAGACGAGUGGCAACUCCAACAGCUUUUCAUCGCGUCACAGUUAUCACCAGGUUAAUGGCCUAAGCAGCACUACUACGCCUUCAAAAAGCAAGGAAAGAUCCUCGCACGGGAACAAUAAAUCCAGUCAAUUACCCCAGCAGCAGCAGCAGCAACAGAAACAACAACAACACUCGGAGGGUCAGAAUCUGCACCCAGGCACGCGAAAUCUUUGCGUGGCGUGCAUAUCGAGCGCAAAUCGACGUCAUCGAGUGGAUCGUCAGUCCCAAGGGGACAACGGAAGCUUAGAUGCCUACGACCUGGCCAGCCCUUGUUGUGAUCCUAACUGCGUACCCAAUAGAAGGCGCAGAGAAAAGCACCGCAGGUCUCGACACGAGCAAAGCUCUCAGACACAACAUCAAGCUUGGCAACAGCAACAACAACAGCAACAGCAACAGCAACAUCAACAGCAGCAGCAACAACAACAACAGCAGCAACAGGCUCAACCGCAGAAAGAACAAUGGGAUAGUCAGCAGCAAACACGUGAACAUUAUUCUAGUCAGCACAAUUGCUCUCGUUCCUCGGGACACAGUCUUCAUUCAAUCACAAGUAGUGAAAUGUCAACGGGGGCUGAAAGCAUCGUCUCAUGUUCAACAUCUCUUAGUACUGAUACCCUCUAUUGGGAUCCAAAUAUCCAACAUCGACCCCCACCCUGCCUCCAGUACGCUAAACCCAAAUCCUGGGAUAAUCUUACAACUAAGGGCUUCGGUGGCUACGGUUUCGGCUAUGGCUACCUUGAUACCGCUAAAACAAUUCACAGUGCCGAACGACCAACUAAGUCCGGAAACUCCUCGCAUCAUAGUCGGGCGAAAACUCCAACUACCGGUUGUCCUUCGCAACAACAACAGCAGCAACAGCAGCAGCAGUAUCAACGACGAACAUCUGGCAAGCAGCUUUACUGCAGCAACCACCACUUUCAGCCAACUAAGUCCACAGAAAGUCUCUUAAUAGCUGCAUCUUAUGGCAGCGAUCUGGAUGCUUCGUUGAGCUGCGAGUGUCUCGACGGUCCGAAUCCUCGUUUUAUAGCCGUCCAGCUGGAAAAGCACAAACGACAGGGCGAAUCCCACAGGACUGAGGGUCAUGGCUCGCAGCAGCAGAUCAGACACCGCAGGCUGAGCCACUCAGACGCUAAACAGCGCUCAAUCAACAACUCAGAGAUCACAAGACUCUAAGUUCACACGUUUUCCAAGCAACAAGAGCAACAUUUCUAUUUAUACGAGUAUUAUAUAUUAUA